CCCUCAUUCAGACUGUUUGUGAAGAGUGAACCACAGUUUGGUAAAAACAAGUUUUUACUUUCAAAAUACCCAACUAUUCACAUUCCAAUGUCGAUGUACUACAGGCACCAUGUUUUGACUGGCUGUUUUGAAGUGAUGUCCCUGAAGGAAAUAGUGAACCGGACUUGAAUGAUGUAACAACACAGAUAUGCAGAUAGCUUUACAACUCCCCUCUUAAAAUGGGCUUUUAGAAAGCCCUAAACAGAUUUCUUAAAUUCCAUCGCACCUUAUCCAAUUUUGUUUUUCUUACGCCAUAAGGUUGACCUUUGCACAUGUUGAAAUACCACACCUUAUCACCUAGAUAUCAGAAUAGACACAGAUGUUCCAUUUGUGUGUCUGUGUCUAUCCGUCCUAUGCUUACCUCUAUUCUCAUGCAACGGUUCCCCAAUUCCACGGAAAGGGGGGUUGUAGGGGUGGUACUCCUUUCCUCAGGGUUGGGGGAGGAGGUAGCUUGGGGCCUGAUAAGAGGUCUGGGAAAGCCAGCAGUGGACAGACAGGUUUGUGGAUCCCACCCAUAGCUGCUUCAUUCACUGUGGAGGAGGCUGCUGUUGUUUGACCAUGGCUGGUGUGCAGACGGAGAUUGCCCUGUGCAGUCGGCCUUGGAGGGGACCCUUCCAUAUCUAUGGUGGACUGGCAUGCAACUCACUCAUGGCUGACUUGUGGUCAGACAGGACUCCUCUUCACGAUGCCGCCUACCAGGGUAGACUCCUGAUCCUGAAGACUCUGGUCUCACAGGGGUUUCCUGUGGACAUGCUGACAAUGGACAGGGUCUCUCCCCUCCACGAGGCCUGCCUCGGAGGACAUUACGCCUGCACCACGUUCCUACUUGAGAACGGGGCCAAUGUGGAGAUGGUAUCGACUGAUGGAGCCACACCCCUCUUCAAUGCCUGCAGCAGUGGGAGUGUCGCCUGUGUCAGACUGAUUCUACAGUACAGCCCCAACACCCAUGCUGUCCAUCACCUGGCAUCACCCAUCCACCAGGCUGCAAAGAGAGGUCACAGGGAGUGUCUAGAGGUGUUGCUGUCCCAUGGAUUCCACAUAGACCUGGAGCUGCCUGGUGUGGGAACCCCUUUGUACACAGCCUGUCUGGCCCAGGCCACCGACUGUGUGGAGAGACUGCUGCAAUCAGGUGUUGAUGUCCAGGGUGGGUGUGGUCAUGACACACCAUUACAUGCUGCAGUGCUAGGGGGAGAAGUCAGGGUGGUGGAGCUUCUGAUGGACUACGGGGCUGAUGGGAGUUGUAGGAAUUCAGACGGGAAGACUCCUCUGGAGCUGGCAGCUUGCGACAGUACAGUCAGAACUACAAUACAGAAAAGAGGUCCCUGCACUCUUUCUCAGCUGUGUCGGUUCUGCAUUCGGAGGAGUUUGGGACAGACUCGUCUGGACAGAACAUCAGCCCUCUUCCUCCCUUACAGACUCCAGGCUUUCCUGCUUUACCAGUAACACUGAAACGGCAACUUUUUUACAAAUGUUUGGUAAUUUGUAUUUAUUGCUAUUUUAAUCAACUUCUACUUGUUCAGGGGUUUUAGAAGUGAGUUGGUGACUGAACAAAUGAAUGGUUUUGUUUUUCUUGGUUUAAUAGAAACUGGGUUGACUGAUUUGUAGCGUUUCUCAGGAUGCUAUAUUUUCUAAUAAAUGGUCAUAUUCAACAUAUCCAAAAUA